CAGCUGUCAAAAUGGGUCUUCUCCAUAGUUGUAUGAGGAAGCGUAGUAACAAAGUUGGCAUUAUGACCGACGAAGAAGAAGAAGCAUACAAGAAAAUAGAAAGAGAACUGAAAAACGAAGAACUGGAGGAAACUAUCCAAAAAAAACCCCUGCCGUGGCUGAUGUUUAGCUCUUCACCGCUAGAAGUAGAGAGGAUGCGCACUAACCCUGCUGAGGGAAACGAAAUCUCUGAUGUUGUAAAGAAAAAAGAUGGAAUGGCUUUCAACAUUAGCCUUAAGGCUGCUCUUCCAGCAAAACUUCCACCCAUCAAGAUUACAGCUUCAAGAAUAGUUCAAGAAGAUUAUGAAACAAAAGACAAGAAAUUAACUGAGAAACUGGAGAAAGCAAAGAUAAGAAGGGAAGCAGUGCCCAAGAAGCCAAGAAUUGCAGCAAAAAGACCAAAGACAGCACAGCAUAGGGAUUCAAACGAAAUUGAUUUAUUGGAAGGAUGAACAGAGUCAAAGACUCGCCAAAUGUACUUGUUAAAGGAGAACAGAUAUUCCCAUAAUCGGCAUUUGCCUUUAUAAGAUUUUGUCUUAUCUUUCUAUGAUUGACUUGUUGGAUAUGUGUUUUUAAAUA